GCAUGUGACGUAGAAUAUUUUGUACGGGAGCGAGCCUCUUAGCAGCCCUGUGUUGGUGUUGGAGAGAGAGAGGGGUUAAAAAAAAAAAAAAACUCAGCGCAGCUAAUUUCGCGAUCAUUUGUGAACCGAGUGGGCAGUGCCUUGGUCGAGCUGGAGGCAGAUUUAGACAUGUCGGAGGACAACGACAAAACCCAGACCGCAGAAGAGACACCGGUGGAGGAGGAGACGGAGUCACAAGACAAGGUGAUUAGUCCAGAGAAGGCAGAAGAAGCUAAGCUGAAGGCCAGAUACCCAAACCUGGGGCACAAACCCGGAGGUUCUGACUUGCUUCGCAAACGCUUGCAGAAGGGGCAAAAAUACUUUGACUCUGGCGAUUACAACAUGGCUAAAGCGAAGAUCAAGAACAAGCAGCUGCCAACAGCUGCGCCGGAGAAGACUGAGUGCACAGGGGACCACAUCCCCACCCCCCAGGACCUGCCCCAAAGGAAACCCUCUCUGGUGGCCAGCAAGCUGGCCGGCUGAUCCACAUGCGUCCUUACGGCUCCCCACCCCCUCAUUCUCCAUGACCCUGCUCCACCCGAGCCUCAGAGCUGUAACAUUACCCACUCAUGCACCCCGACCCUCUUUCCACUCCACACCAGCCUGGACAAACCCAAACAGAACCAAACGGUCAGCAAAGUGGCCGGCUGAUGGCUUCUUAUCGUUUUUCAUUUCAGCCGUUUCUGGUCGAGUCCCUUCUGUUUUCCCCACUUGCCCUUUUUCUUUCCCCCUUCUUAUAUUUUCAGUCUACUUCAUGUAAGAUACAGAGAGAGCGUGUUGAUUGGUGUGUGGCGUCCCUUUGGACGGUAGGACUACUGAGUUAGGACGGGCGAGCCGCAGAAGCUGCAACACGCAGCUUUAGCGUAAAGUUCAAGGUUCCUCAGAUGAAGAUGAUUUAUGCCUGUAGCUGUACGCCUGUAUAUAUUUGUCCAUGUCUGGCACAGGGAGACGAGACGAAAUCAGCCCGUUCAGAACAUUUGACAUCCGAUCGGCGAAUCUUUCCGUCUGUACGUUUGCGGGACGAAACCCUCCGACCCGGAGGAAAUCUUUUGUAUAGACCAGGGGUCUCAAACUCCAGUCCUCGAAGGCCGCUGUCCUGCAACUUUUAGAUGUGCCUCUGCUGCACCACACCUGAACAGAAUAAUUAGGUCAUUAAGGCUUUGGAGAACUGAUCUACACAAGGAGGAGGUCAUUAAGCCAUUUCAUUCCAGUGUUUUUUACCUGUGGCACAUCUAAAAACUGCAGGACAGCGGCCCUCGAGGCCUGGAGUUUGAGAACCCUGGUUUAGACGUUUUGCUUCCUUAUUCGAGGACGUGUUUGGACGAGAAUCUUAACGCAAGCUUCACCGCUUUACCCACUUGAUUUCAUUCUAAGAACGGGCAGGUGUCGAGGCAGACGAUGUGGUGGACAGACGCGCUCGGCGAUUCAUUCGGGACGAUACAACGAGAUGUGUUCGCUUCAAGACUGAAGGAAGAACUUGUUGGGGUUUGGCCCGUAUUUGUCAGGUGCAGCUGUGUUCCUGCUGGAGGUCACCGUUGUCAUGAAUGAAUCAUCGUGCUUAAAGAAGGGGAGGUGGAUGGGCGUGUGAUGGGGAAGAUGAAACCCUGUAACUAUGUGGACGACCAGUCUGUCUAUAGAUAUAUGUAUAAUAUAUAAAAAAGUGUAUUGGGAAUACAAAAUGUAAUAAGUUAGGAGGAGUAACUAUAGGUUGCAGUUUUAUCUUCUAAAUGUUCUGAGCUCUAUGUUUAGCUUAUGAAGCGUGACCACUGACCAGAGAUGCUAGCGUGACAUCGGUGUGAGCUCUGCAUGUAUAAUAUGGCUGUCACAAUGUGCCAUUUUGUUUUUGUAAAUAAAAUAGUUUUGCACAAAUGUU